CGCACUGACACUCUGUUUCUCUCUCUUACAUUCACAUUCAUACACACGAAGAAAAUCACCAGAAGAGAGAGAAAGAGGGAUGAAAGUGAAUAUCCGAUGAAGAACAAAUGAUAUUGCUUCGUUGUUUUUGAAUUUUGGAAAACGUUGAAAUUGAUGAAGAGAAAUUGAUAAAGAUAAAAUCGAGAUUGACGACGUCGUUUGGUAAAAAUCGCCGGUGCCGUAAAUCUACGCCGGGAGAUGGCCGUUUUCACGCCGUCUCCUGCGGCUUCAUUUCCAUUUCGAGUUUUGAUUUUUCCGCGAUCUUGUAUUUCUCCUGGCCCCACUUGAAAUAUUCAAAUCCGAGGAACAUUUGAACUUAUUAGUGUUUUGAAAUAAUUUUGGGAAAUUUGAGCAAAUUGUUGGGGGAUUAUGAUGGCAAAAGGCGCUUGGUGGUGGGAGAAGGUAUUGAGGGUGGUGCGGACGGUGUAUUUCAUGGUGACGAUGUUGGCGUCGCUGUUGCUUGUGUCUUUGCCGUUAGUGGUGGCGAUCAGCGAUGUGGUGGUGCCGUGCUUGCUAAUUCCAAGCUUCACAUGCUUUAAUUGCUACAGUUUUAGACAGCAUUUGCAGAGAUACGCUUUCAAGAGCUCGCUUAUGGAUAUUCCUCUUGUCUCCAUAAUCAGAUCUCUUAUUAUCACCUGUGUAUAUUCAAUGUGUGAUAGCAUAAUGCUCUCACAGGGGCCAUAUCUUGGAACUGUAACAUUCUGCUCUAUCUUCUCAAUACUUCUUCUUUCUGUCAAAGCUUGUCUGUUUGCUGUGAAUUCUCAACUUGAGGCAGAAGCUUCAACUUUUCUUUCGAGGCAAAGACAGAGACUUCAUUUGAAGAAGUCUUGGGGGAUGCCAGUCUUGUUUCUCUCAUCUGUUGUCUUUGCUCUUGGGCACAUUGUUGUAGCCUAUCGUACAAGCUGCAGAGCUAGGAGGAAGCUCUUGUUUCACCGUGUUGACCCAGAAGCUGCUCUUUCUUGCAAGAUGGUCUUCUCUGGUUACCAUAAGGUUCCACGAUCGCCUACUCCAUCUGCAGGGAAGACUUUCAGAAGUAACAGUGAAAUGAGGAGAAAAGGGUUAGGUUUUGCUCGUGAUGAUGGAGAACUUCCAGUUAGUUUACUUGCUGAUAAGGACAGUUUAUUCAUUUCUUGUGAAGGAGUAAUGGUUCACUACAAGCUAAGCAUCCCUGGGUUGACUUCCUGUUCCUUAUCCUCCUCCCCCUUUCUGGAUGGGCCUGCAACAAACAUUUCAUUAAAAACUCGAUACACUAUCCACAGGAGCAUCAGUAGUCAAUUUCAUGUUAGCACCUCCUCUCUAUACACUCCUCUGUUAGAUGGUUCUCCAACGUCCCCAUUGUCUAAAGACAUGCCAAUUUUGAGCCUUGAUGAAACUGGCAAGGGGGAUGAAAUCAGCAAUAUGAGAUCUUCAAUGUUGGAACAGGAUCUAGAGGCAAAUGGACACUUUGGGAUUGUUUUAGUGCAUGGUUUUGGAGGGGGAGUCUUUUCCUGGAGAAAUUUGAUGAGCAUUUUAGCUAAGCAGGUUGGUUGUGCGGUUGUUGCUUUUGACAGGCCUGGUUGGGGUUUGACGUCUAGGCCACGCCGUAGGGAUUGGGAAGAAAAUCAAUUGCCUAAUCCUUACAAGCUUGAUAAUCAGGUAGAUCUGCUUCUUUCUUUUUGUUUGGAGAUGGGAUUUUCUUCUGUUGUACUAAUUGGCCAUGAUGAUGGAGGACUGCUUGCACUUAAGGCUGCGCAGAAAGUCCAAUCAUCAGCAAAUUCUCAGAAUAUUGAAAUAAAGGGGAUUGUAUUGCUGAGUGUGAGCUUGUCAAGAGAACUGAUUCCUGCAUUUGCAAGAAUUUUAUUACGCACAUCACUUGGUAAGAAACACCUGGUCCGUCCUCUACUUCGGACAGAAAUUACUCAAGUGGUUAAUCGGCGUGCAUGGUAUGAUGCAACGAAACUAACAACCGAAAUUUUAAGCCUCUACAAGGCCCCAUUACAUGUAGAAGGUUGGGAUGAAGCACUUCAUGAAAUUGGGAAACUUUCAUGUGAGACAGUAAUCUCACCACCUAAUGCAGCAUCCUUGCUGAAAGCUGUUGAAGCAUUGCCAAUCUUGGUUAUUGCCGGGGCUGAAGAUGUCAUUGUCCCUCUAAAAUCUGUUCAGAUUAUGUCUUCUAAACUUGUAAAUUCUAGACUUGUAGCAAUAUCUGGUUGUGGCCAUCUUCCGCACGAGGAAUGUCCCAAAGCAUUGCUUGCAGCAAUAUCACCCUUCAUUAGUAGGCUUUUAUUAAGAACAUAGAUACUAAAUUGAUAGAGCUCUUCGUUCUAUAGAUAUAGAGGUAUUUUUUGUUCUAGGGCCAAUUUUCUUUUUGUUUUGCUUUUUUAUUAUGUUCUGGUAAAUUAUCACAAGUGGUAAAUUAUCUCAAGAGGAAGUCCAAAUACGUCUCUCCUUUUGAGUGUUGUUGAAUUAGGUUGCAGUAAUACCAUCAACCAAUUUUUCCGUGUUUUAAAAUUUAUCUCAAUUUCAAUUGUCUC